AUGGAAUCAGUUGGAAUGAAAGCCUCGGCUAUUUCCAGUGGAGGUCACGUGAAUCCAGCUGUUACCAUUGGAUUAGCUGCAGCUGGUAAGAUUCCACCGCUAGAUGCUUUGCUCUAUGUCGUAUCACAGUUGUGUGGAGGAACUGUCGGAGCGCUAUUUGUCAGGGGUGUAUUGUCAUACGAACAAUACGUAUCCAUACAAGGAGGUGCGACACUGUGUGCUCCUGAAACCCCAUGGUUCCAGGGUCUUAUUGCUGAAGUAUUAACGACGUUGUUCCUGGUACAAACGGUACUGACGACAGCCGUUGACGCAUCGACUGUGCUUGCACCUCUUGCUAUUGGUUUCACGGUUCUCAUGGACAUUAUGGCGGUUGGAGCGAUUUCUGGUGCAUCAAUGAACCCGGCACGAUCAUUUGGGCCGAAUAUUGUGGCAAUGGUGUUCAUGCACAAUAAAAUUGCCAGCAAUUUCUGGACCUUACAUUGGAUCUACUAUGUCGGGCCCAUAUUUGGUGCGUUGUUGGCUGCUGGACUCUACAGGGUGUUUUUCACCAAAGGCGAUCGUGUGGUAUGA